AAAAAUGUAUCAUUGUUGUUUGUUGAUCCAACACUCAACACAUCAAUACACCCUUUCCAUCCCGCCUUCAUUCUGGUAAAGAGUCCACACACGCAUGCAAUGUCCCAUUCCAACCGCCACAAUCUAAAACCAAGACGCAGCGAACCAGGCAUUCUUUCGAACGUGCUCAGCUUCGUCUCCCGAGAGAUUGGCGAGUUCGUCAUCAAUGCUACCGGUAAAGCUGAGUCUGGUCCAUCUAAACUGAAACGCGGUCAUGAUACAAAACUGGAAGAGCGAGGUAGGCAACGAAAAGGCUACGAUGGGGGUAUGAUUGAGCAGUGGAGGGAGGCUAGCGGUAGCGUCGACGGCGGUGGCGAGAAGCAACCAAGGAAGACGAAAGAUCGGAGAAAAUUGAGCACAGACGGUCGUGGCCGUACCAGGAGAGGAAAAGAGAGGAAUGACGGAAAGAGACGCGCUGCCUCAGGCUCUCCGCCUCCCUCACGGUCUGCUGAACGGUCUUACUCGCAAUCCCAGUCUCAGUCCCGUGAGCCCUCACGCUCGAAGAAACCGAAGGCGAGAACCUCAGAUGGGAAGCAACCCAACUCGAGGGCAAAGUCUGCAGAUAGUCAUGGGCGGAAGAAUCAAUUCUACGUUGAUCGACCUGAGGACGCAGAUGGCGAGGAAAUACAACACCCUCCCAAGGAUCAAUCCUCAUCUGAAGCAAACCCUCCCCCUCCCCUCCACCUCUCACAUCCAAUUUCGGCAGAAGCAGCAUACCCCCAACUCCGGAAAAAACCUUCCAUCACAAUGCCCGGCUCACUUUUCCCUCGAUCAGACUCACUCGAACCUGGCCCCGACGACGCAGAAAUGGAGAGCAGGAGAGUACGAUUUUUGUCUGCCGCCGAAGAUACUCGUACCCACGAACGAAAUCCUAAUCCCAUACCCCGCACUCCUCAAUCAACUCUCGACGCACAGGAUUUAGAACCUGGCCCCUCCAGUUCUCAAAAUGCAACCCCCGCAGACAAAACCGGCCCUUCCCCCUGGCGCACUCGCCCCAUCGCAUCUGUCCACGAUGCUGUUCAGCGGUUCACAGCGAGUGGAGGGGAAGAGAGGGAUUUUUCGUUGCUAGUAAUCGCUAGCCCGGCGGGUCCUGUAGAUUUGAAAAGCCCAGGUACCGUAUUGGAAAUGCCGCAUUCGUCACUGGGCGGUGUUUCGCGGAAGGGGAAAGAACGCGCUGUUGAUAAUGGGGAUGAUGAUUUGGAGUUCAUACUUGACCGCCACCGCGUGCAGGAUAAGGAAAAACAGUUGGAUGCUGUGAGACGCGAGACAGGGGCGAAGACUAAAACGACGGGUGAUGGAGAUCGGGAGAGGGACAAGGAGCGCAUUAGGAUGUUGGAGGAGGAAGUAAGGAUGUUGAAGGAAGAGCUCUCCCAUCGCCACCGUUCAUCCCCUCCCUCUCAAACCCAAAUCCCGAUACCACCCCCACCCCCACCACUCCCUCCUCCUCCCGGCGUCCGCAUCCCCCUCCCUCCUCAUCUAGGCGAAAGCAGGGCUCUCUUCGCAAGUGCGCGCGCUGCCUUACGCUCAACCGAGGGCAGUACGACUAAAGGCACAAAUGAAUUGACAAGGUCAGCAAGCGGUAAAGUGAGACAACCGACUGUCAACGUCCCCAGCGACAAAAUGGCUGCGUUCUUGAACGAGAUGAGGACGGUACGGUUGAGGAAAGUGGGGCCUAUACCUGAGGGGAUGAAUCGGAGUGUUAGUGAUCGACCGGCGGGUGAUCGACCUGGGCCAAGUGGGUUAAGUAGGAGUGUGAGUUCGGGUACUGGUGGAGUGGAAGGGCGCAGAGAGGAGAUGGCGAGGCGCAAGUCGAUGGGUGUGAAUGUGCCUGUUGGUUCAGCUGCUUCCAACCCAGGUCCCUCGAGACUAGCGUCAACUUCUAGCGGGAAUAAACCUGCGUCCACGUUAAAAUUACCUUCCGCCUCGAGCAUUCCCAAACCAAAAUAUACUUCAACCGCGCCGAAAUCCUCUUACCCACCCCCCUCGUCGAACGUAAUCGACCCACGCAUAAAUAACAAGCGCAAAGCAGAUGCCCUAGGCGAGUCAGAAGGAGGGUCCGCGUCCAAACGGCGAUCAGGCACUCGUGAUCAAGCCCGAUCAGACACGAGCGCCUCUUCAUCUUCAUCCUCUAGAACACACGAGUUUUCCUCCGGCUCCACACAUUCAAACCUCUCCCUCACAGUACCAUCGCUCCCGAACCACUCCUCGCUAUCGAACGAAACGGACAUCACCACGCCCUCUUUAUGCUCUGAUAAUGAGUUAGGAGGGGACGAUGGUAGGAUGCCGUCGACGCCGCCUGGACCGAGGUCAGCUGCAGCUGCAGCCCAGAACGCGCAUGACGAGGGUAUAGAUAUUAUCGACGUGGAUAUGGAAGAUAUUGAUGUCGAGCCUGCACAUAAACACGUCACGCCCUCACGCCCGCAAGGAGAUAUAUUCAGGAAACGCCCACCGAUGUCUCCGCUGCCUGUACCGACGCCGACGAGGGUGCCUGCGCCUGCGCGUGCCAAGAAGAGGAAGUCCGUGCCGACGCCUGAGAGGACGAAGAGGGGUGCUACGCCGAAGCCGAAGAGUAUCAUGCUGCUUGACGAGGAUGAUGAGGAUGACGAGGACGGGGAAGAAGAGCCGGAUGAGCUGGCGCUACCUCCGAAGUUGACGUGGCGACGCGAGGCUCAGCCUAGAGCUACGGAGAAAUCGACCGCAGCGAAUAGCAAGGGCAAACGGCGACUGACAUUGGACGAAGAGCUUGCACGGGCGCGGUCGUCUGAUCGGCUUGUGGAGCUGGGACUUGAGAGUGGGGAGUUGGUUGGGACGGGCACUGGGAGUAAACAACGUGGAUUCCUAGCUGGGGGUGGUGCGGGUGGUGCGCCUGUGUUUAUGGGCGUUGGAUAUGUUCGGGAUGUUGAAGAGGACGGACUGAGGCAGCCGAUGUCGAGGAUACCGCGACGGAGGGGCUAGCAUGUUUUAUUUAUUUUUAUCAUUAUCAUAUUCCAUUUAUUGUGCCAACACCUUUGAUAUCUGGUUU